UUAAACAGGAAACUUACAAUGGAGGGAAUGGCAGGGCAACUAGGAGGGUUUCAACGGCUAGUUUGGCACGUUCCUUCAAUAUAGUAACCAGAAAACACAACCGACCACACCUUUGACAGAUUGGCUCCAUCACUUUUCAUUUCACCUUUUUCUAUCCUUAAAGCAAACUCUUCACCAUGCAAUCUCAACCACAACCUUCAUUCACUGCAAUCUCCACACACACACACACAUUCUCCUACAACUCCACAACCAAAAAAUGACCAGAAAAAGGUUGCUCAUUUUCCACAAAAUCUCAAAUUCCCCAACACUCUCUGUUCUCAUCCACAAAUUACGAAAACCCAUCAUCCCAAAGCUUCUAUUGCUCAAGAAAUUUAGGAAGGGCAAGGAGUUUAAGCACCUGAAACUUUAUAACUAUCAGUUCUUCUCUGCUUCAAGUUCAAGCACUCCCCUCAUUCAUUACCAUCGAAACCAGUUCAAUAGUAGAAGGAACAGCGGUUUGUGUGCAUUCUUCUAUCUGUAUUGUUGCUUGGGGAGCUUGAAAACAGAAGAAAGAGGUAGCAGUGGUUGUGGGGAGUGCAAGCUCGAGGCCCUACCACCGCCAGCCACUGAAAUUGAAGAUGCUAACGAAGCAGAGGAUUUGUUUGAUUCAGGGGAUGAUGCUGAUGAAUAUGGAUCAGUUGAUGAAAAAGCUGAGAGGUUCAUUGAGAGAUUCUAUCAGGAGAUGAGAAUGCAGAGGCAGGAAUCCAUAUAGUUCUGUAUUAUACUCUUAUGGUUCUCCGCGCCAGAUUUGUUCAUUUCUUGUUCCACGAGAUUGAUUUUUGUUUUUCUUUUUGGAGAAAUUGUGGAGUUGGUUUUGUAUUCUUUGUUGUUGUUUAUUAAUUUGUUUGUGUAAGUUUUCAAUUGUUAUAUUUGUACCA